AAACCAUGAACUAUCGGGUACUACUGGAGGUCCCGCCCAUGCCCAGCAGUCCUUCAAUGGAAGCUUUCCAUGCUUUGUCUUACUUUUGCAAAGCUCUUCUCCGUUAUAAAUACAUCGUAGUCGUCAUCAUAUCCUUCAACUCUCUCUCUCUCUCUUUCUCUCUCUCCCACACACACACACAAACACACACUUGCCUUUUCGCAAAACCCUUUUCAAUGAUUCCUCCAAGAAUCUCGUUUGAUGCUGAAAAGCUUCUCUUUUUGGCUCUCUCCUUUAUUGCUAUCGUUGUGACCUUCAGCGAUGGCACACACCCAGCGGUGGCGCAAAGCAGUAACAACAGCAAUCCAACAACGAUUACGGUGAACGUUGGAGUGGUUCUGGAUCUGGAGACGUGGGUGGGUCAAAUGGGAUUGAGCUGCAUUAACAUGUCUCUCUCUGACUUUUAUAGUUCUAACCCUUCCUACAAGACCAGGCUCGUCCUCAAUGUUAGAGACUCCAAACGAGAUGAGGUUGCCGCUACUGCUGCAGCACUUGAUCUGAUAAAGAAUAAGCAAGUCCAAGGCAUAAUAGGCCCUCAAGGUUCAGUGCAAGCAGACUUCCUCAUUCACCUUGGAAACAAAUAUCAUGUGCCCAUCAUGUCUUUUUCGGCUACUAGUCCUUCCCUCAGUUCAAUUCGGAGUCCGUACUUCAUUCGAGCCGCGCAAAAUGACUCGUCCCAAGUGAAUGCCAUAAGCGCACUCAUCCAAGCUUUUGGCUGGAAAGAAACAGUCCUCGUGUACGUUGACAACGAGUUCGGAGAAGGCAUCAUACUUUCUCUUACUAAUGCUUUGCAAACGGUUGGCACGCAAGUGCCCCAUAGGAGCCUCAUUUCUCCUUCGGCCACGGACGAUCAAAUCCUACAGGAACUCCACAAGUUAAUGACGAUGCAAACGAGGGUCUUCAUCGUGCACAUGUUACCUACUCUCGGUUCUCGGCUAUUUGCCAAAAUAAAAGAGGUGGGAAUGAUGAGCGAAGGUUAUGUGUGGAUCUUGACUAAUGGAAUCACUGACCUAUUGAAUUCUGUGGAUUCAUCUGUUGUCGCUAGUUCGAUGCAAGGAGUACUGGGCAUCAAGACUUAUAUCCCGAACUCACCAAACCUGGACAACUCCAUGGUCCGAUGGAAGAUGAAAUUCCAACAAGACAAUCCAUCCGUCCUUAAUCCUAUGUUGAACAUUUUUGGAUGCAGGGCUUAUGACGUUGCUCGAGCUCUAGCAAUGGCUAUCGAGGAACUGGGUGCAACGAAUUUUACCUUCCAGAUGUUGAAUGCUUCAACAGAUAUAACGGAUCUCGACACUAUUGGGGUCUCUCAAAAUGGUCAGAAACUUCUCCAAGAACUAGCCAAUGUCACAUUCACGGGCCUCACCGGAAAUUUUAGACUCGUAGAUGGGCAACUAGAGUCGUCAAUGUUCCAGAUCGUUAAUAUCAAUGAAAAUGCAGCAAGAGGGAUUGGGUUUUGGACACUAGAAAAUGGGCUGCUAAGAGAUUUGUGUUCAUUCAACACAAGCAAAUAUUCCACUUCGAAGAGUAAUCUCAGAUCGAUAAUAUGGCCAGGAGAUUCAACCUCUGUUCCGAAGGGAUGGGAGAUUCCCAUAAAUGGGAAGAGGCUAAAAAUUUUAGUCCCUGUGAAGGACGGUUUCCUUCAAUUCGUGACGGUGACUCGAAAUCCUAGCACAAAUACAUCCCAAGUCACCGGAUACUGCAUUAGCAUUUUUCAAGCCGUCAUAGAAAAAUUGCCUUAUGCUGUGGCUUAUGACCUUAUUCCGUUUGCCUUGGACAAUGGAAGUAGCGCUGGCAGUAGUUACAAUGACUUGAUUGAUCAAGUAUAUUACCAAAAUUACGAUGCAGUGGUGGGUGAUAUAACGAUCAUUGCGAACAGAUCAUUAUACGUGGACUUCACCUUACCAUACACCGAAUCGGGGGUUGCAAUGCUCGUGCCAUACAAGGACAACAAGAACGAGAAUGCUUGGGUUUUCUUGAAGCCACUCACUUGGGACCUUUGGUUGACAACCGGAUGCUUCUUUGUGUUUAUAGCAUUGGUCGUGUGGAUUCUUGAACACAAGAUUAAUGAAGAUUUCGGGGGUUCGGCCGCACAUCAAGUUGGCACGAGCUUGUGGUUCUCGUUUUCAAUCAUGGUCUUUGCACAAAGGGAGAGAGUAUUUAGCAACCUAACAAGAUUUGUUGUGAUCAUGUGGUUUUUCGUGGUACUUAUAUUAACGCAAAGUUAUACGGCAAGCUUGAGCUCUCUUUUGGUGGUGCAAAAUCUUCAACCAACUGUGGUUGAUAUGGAUCAGCUCCUAAAGAGUGGAGAAAAAGUGGGUUACCAGCAUGGCUCUUUUGUUUAUGGAAUGCUAAAGCAUAUGAAGUUCGAUGAUUCCAGACUUAUAUAUUAUCAUUCUCCUGAAGAAUGCAAUGCGCUUCUUUCCAGGGGAAGUGCAAAGGGUGGGAUUGCAGCAGCAUUCGACGAAGUCCCCUACAUUAAACUUGUUCUUUCUCAAUAUUGCAAUAGAUAUACCAUGAUCCCAACAUUAAAAACUGCUGGGUUUGGCUUUAUUUUCCCCAAAGGGUCUCCGCUAGUACCAGAUAUUUCCCAAGCAAUCCUUUACGUAACUGAAGGGCCUAAAAUGACGGAAAUUGAAAAUGCAUGGUUUCCAUCGAAAUCCAACUGCUUGGGUUCGACUAACUCAAGCUUGGGUCUUGACAGUUUUUGGGGCCUAUUCUUGAUUGCUGGAGCUGCUGCAGUUUUAGCUCUCUUCAUUUUCAUGGUCAUGUUCGUCAAAAAAAAUUGGCAUGAAGUUACAAGUUCUUCAGGUUCAUUGCGGGAGAAAAUUGUUGCAUUGGGAAGAAGAUCUUACCAAAGAGACUUCAAUUCCCAUACUUUUAGGGAAGGCAGAGAUAGAAAUACGGAUGAUGGUGGCAAUGAGAUUGCAGCUGUUGAAACUUUCGAAAACACUAACUUGCCUCCAAGUCCGUCAAGAGACUUUAGCCAAAACAACGACAAUAUAAACAAUGAGCAAGGCACACCAUCUGCAGAACAAGGACAUCCUAAUCAUGUAGACGAAGGGUGCCCGACGUAGAUAUAAAUGUCGAGCUUACAAAUGUAAAUUAAGGGAGGUACAUACCUCAAAAACUUUAGAUACUAAACUUAAAUGCCUCAACAACGUCGAACUUUGUACUAUUAGAUGACAAUAAUUUCCCCCUCAUUCUCUUCUCAUGAAAGGACUGCGAUUGAUACUGCUUAUCAUCUAAUCGUAGACAACAUAACGAAAGAUAGAUGCUUUUCAAA